AAUAAUAUAUUAAUUAUUUUUUCCCAAAAUAUUUCAACACUACAUAACAUGUAACACAUUAUAUACACACAUACAUAUCAAUUCAUCCCUCUUUCCCUCUCGCUCUCUCUCGCCUCCCAAUAGAAGCUCACAUCGUCACACUCCACCUCCUCAGCUCCCCUUCCAAAAGACACGCGCCGCACGCCAUGAGAACCAGCAACCACCUAAUCGGUUUUCUGAACUUCCUGACCUUCCUCCUCUCCAUCCCCAUCCUCGGCGGCGGCAUAUGGCUGAGCAGCCGCGCCAACAACACCGACUGUAUGAGGUUCCUCCAGUGGCCCCUCAUCGUCAUCGGCGUCGCCAUCAUGGUCGUCUCCCUCGCCGGAUUCGCCGGCUCAUGCUACCGUAACAACUUCCUCCUCUACCUCUACCUCUGGGCCAUGUUCUUCAUCGUCGCCGCCCUCCUCGGUUUCGUCAUCUUCGCCUACGCCGUCACCGACCGGGGCUCCGGCCGCCCCGUCCUGAACCGGGUCUACGAGGAUUACUCUCUUGGGGACUACUCCGGAUGGCUAGCGGAUCGGGUCGCCAGCCCGGAUUACUGGUCCAAAAUCAGUUCUUGCAUUAGGGAUUCGCACGCUUGCCGCAGGAUUCGCAGGACAGUCGGGGGCGUGCCUGAACCUGCAGAGAUGUUUUACAUUAGGCGGCUUACUCCUAUUGAGGCUGCAUUGAGCUUUUCUUUUAUUGCUUUGCUUGCCUCUUGUGAUGCAAAGGGACAGAGCUUUUCUUUUAUUGCUUUGCUUGCCUCUUGUGAUGCAAAGGGACAAUUGGAGUCUUUUUCUUCCCAAGAGGACAUAUUUCACUUUCUUCGUCUUGUGACUUUCCUAUCCUCAAGGGUUGUUGUCAAUUCCGGAUGUUGCAAGCCCCCGACUUCAUGCGGUUUGGUAUACAUCAACGAGACGGUUUGGAACACUGGUGCUGGGCUUUUGGGUAGUGACCCAGAUUGCCUGAGGUGGAGUAAUGAUCAAGAGCAACUAUGCUAUAGUUGUGACUCGUGUAAAGCAGGGGUUUUAGCCAGCUUGAGAAAGAGCUGGAGAAAGGUAUCGGUCAUCAACAUUGUCAUGCUAAUCAUACUCGUCAUCGUCUAUGUUAUUGCAUGCGCAGCAUUCAGGCACAACAAGAGGAUCGAUAAUGAUGAGCCGUAUGGUGAGACGCGUAUGGAGAAGACGCAGCCUGCUAGGAUACACUUUUAAGAGAAAGAGAAUGCUUUCUUUUCUUUUCUGUUUUUUUUUUU